AUGCACCGCCACUCGACGGCCACCCUCUCCAAGAGCAUUCCUUCCACCGCUACGUUCAGAAAUCAGAUUCUCGCGAGACUUAUCAUACUCAGAUUCAGCGCAACUUGA